AUGUCAUUUUCUAAUUCGAACAUUAGUGAUUACGAAGAAUCAAUGACUGAAAGCGAUAACAAUUAUAACGAGGUAAAACCGGAUACCACAAAAAAACAAAAUAAAACAAAAAGAGAUGUGAAAUUGAAAAAAAAUAUGUGCAAAACAAAAGUUAAAAAAAAUAUUUCAUAUCUGGAUAGAAUUGGUCCUUUAAUUAAAGAUGUGAAAGUAAAUAAUGAACUUAUUAAUUCGAUGAUGGUGAAACAAAGUGAUGAAAUAGUAAACAUAAAAUUACCAUUUGAUAACGAAGUAUGUAGUGAUUACUGGACAAUAAAUCACUAUAAAAUAAAAAAUAUUCAAAAUCUUAUUGCUACAGACAGAUGGAAAGAAGCUGAGUGCAGUGUAAAAGUAUCGAUAACUGAUUUAGCAAAGGAUCAAGGACUCGCAAACGAUUUAUCCAACAUCAUACAAACAAUAUUUACACGGUUCAUGUCUAAUCCAAACAAGAAAAUAGGAUGUAUUAAAAAAUCAAAAUCAUAA